GUGCCAAUGUUUUUGUAUGUGCCAACAUUUUUUUUUUAAAACCUAAAUUAAGAAACUCCCAUUGGAGCAAAAAAAUUAGGUGAUUCUUAACUAAAGUUCUUAGCUAAAAUUUAAUAGUUAAAUAAUCAUUAAAGUGUACUUAAAAAACUUUAUGAGUUUCUAUGGAUAAUCAUGCUCUUAGAGAACUCCAUAAAAACGUCAUUGUCUAGAUGUCAUUUUGUACUGGUUGAUUUUUAAAAACAAAACUAAAUUUAACUAAGCUUUAGUAAAAAAUAAUGUUUUGCUCUUUAUCAUAUUUUACAGACGGUGUUGCUCUUUAUCAUAUUUACAUGUACUAAUCAGCGUCUGAUUUGACAUAUUCAGAGCUUCACGGUCAGAGACUCAGAGUCAACUGAGACGAAUGAAAUAAAAUUAUUAUUACCGUCUUAUCUUUAGAGAAAAACUGAAGGUCUUAUCAAAUUAUUAUAUAAAGAGGCAAUGCUCUUUACAAGGCCAGAACAUAAUAACUAGCAUUGUGUGUUGUGUCUAACUCUUAAGUCAGCAUUUUCUUAGUUCAUAUAACCUAAAACAACAAAAGAGAAAGAGAAAAAAAUGGAAAACGCUUCGACUGUGAGAUUCUCUAGCUGUCGAGGCGUCGCGUUUGAGAUUAAACCUCAUGCAAACCCUUUCGCCAUCAUUACAACUGAUCAAAACCUUAACGCAAACGCUGAACGCGAGGAAACGAGCCGCAGGUAUCGACUUCCAAAGGAUUUCAUCAGAAACGCCUCAAAAGCUUUCCCUUCAUCGUUGCAACAGUCUAUAAGCCUAGCCAGCAGCCAUUUCUGCGAUCUGGACUCCGACAACGACGAAGAAGAAGAUGAAGACGAUUUUUACUACUUAGAAGAAGGUGUGUUCAAAGAAGGAGACGAACAACGCAACAAUACAGACGAAAACGCAAUUCUUGAUUCUUCCUCAAGCAAACACAGCGAGAAACCGCAGCAACCGCCGGUUCCAAAGAAACGCGUUUCAAGACUACAAAUCAUACUUCUUGAUCAAGGACUCUUCACCGUUUACAAACGUCUCUUCGUCACUUCAUUGUUUCUAAACGUCGUAGGUCUCGUUCUCGCAGCCACGGGACGUUUUACAUACGCUAGAAACGGAGCAUCUCUGUUUUCAAUCGCCAAUAUUCUUGCCCUAACUCUCUGUAGAAGCGAAGCCUUCUUGAGACUCGUUUUCUACCUAACCGUAACCAUCCUCGGACGCUCCUUCAUCCCUCUCCGCAUUAAAAUCGCGGUCACGUCGCUCUUGCAAAGCUUGCAAAGCCUAGGCGGUAUCCACAGCGGUUGCGGCGUUUCCUCAAUCGUUUGGCUUGUCUACUCAUUAGUUCUCACUCUUAAAGACAGGGACAACAAUUCAACAGCGAUCAUAGCGGUUGCGUCGGCGAUUCUUUCCCUCCUUUGCCUCACAUCCGCAGCUGCGUUUCCUCUUGUUCGUCAUUUACACCACAACGUCUUUGAACGCGUCCACAGAUUCGCGGGCUGGUCUGCUUUAGGCCUUGUUUGGGCGUUUAUAGUAUUAACGACUUCCUACGAUCCAGUUUCAAGAUCUUACACUGGUAAUCUCGCCUCGAAGCUGAUUAAAACGCAAGAGUUUUGGUUUACUUUAGCGAUCACAGUCGCCAUCUUGCUCCCUUGGUUGACUGUGAGACGCGUUCCGGUUGAUAUAUCAUCUCUCUCGGGCCAUGCUUCGCUGAUCAAGUUCAGUGGAGGUGUGAAACCAGGGAUCUUGGGAAGGAUCAGUCCAUCCCCGUUGUCAGAAUGGCAUGCUUUUGGGAUCAUCUCUGACGGGAAGACAUCGCACAUGAUGUUAGCCGGUGCUGUCGGAGACUUCACCAAGUCAUUGGUCUCAAAACCUCCAACUCACUUAUGGGUCCGUACGGUUCACUUUGCCGGCUUACCCUAUCUAGUUAACUUGUAUGACAAGGUAUUACUUGUGGCCACUGGUUCGGGGAUUUGUGUAUUUUUAUCGUUUCUCAUGCAGCAGAGUAAGGCCGAGGUAUAUUUAAUCUGGGUGGCUAAAGGAUUAGAUGAUAAUUUCGGGUCGGAGAUUGUGAAUAGGAUUAAAGCUUAUCCUCAUCAAGACAGGAUCAUAGUUCACGAUACCGCAAUUCUAGGACGACCUAAUGUGUCGGAAAUGAGCGUUAAAGCUUCCAAGAAGUUUGGAGCUCAAGUUGUAAUUGUUACAAGCAACCCUGAAGGAAGUCGUGACGUUGUUAAUGCAUGUAAGGCUUCUGGUGUUCCAGCUUUUGGUCCCAUUUGGGAUUCUUAAUUACUAGUAUAUUUUUUACAUAAUGAUGUAAAAGAAAGAUUGCCAAGUGCCACAACAUAUAAACUUUAGGCACGUGUCUAUCCCUAAGUUUAUUUUUUUAUUUUUAACACCUAAGUUUAUUUUUUAUUUUUAAUACAUAAUUUUAACUUUUAGUUUUAAUACGUAAGUUUAUUUUUUAUUUUUAAUAUCUAAUUUUAUUUUUUAUUUUUAUAUACCUAAGUUUAUUUGAUAAAAGAAACUAUUUGAACGACACAGUAAUUAUUUUAAUCUCAAACAUUGAUGGACCAUAGAGUUUUAUGCAGUGUUUUCAAACCCGGACCGGCGGUCGGACCGAAUUGAACCAUGAACCGAAAAUAAUUUGGGUUGGGUUAAUGAUAAAACCCAACUAAAACCGAACCAGUUAAAAACCCCUAUCGAACCGUCAAAAACCCGGGAACCGCGAUCCAAUGAAUCGGCCAAACCCCAGUUCGUUUAUAAGCCAAAAUUUUGUUAAUAAAACAAAUAAAUUUUUAAAGUAAAAAUAAGAUUUAUCAAAGAUUAAUAAAGUAUUGUCUCUCGUCUUUUUUUAUGUCGUCUCUAGAACUCAUAAAUUACAAGACUCACAAAGUUUAAUAUUCACAUCGAGAUAUUGUUUUUGUCUACUUCUCACUUCUUAAAAAAUUUUAUUUCAUGAUCACUUCUAUUAAAGACCUUAAAUAAUUGAAAUAUUUCGUUUCUGAAAUUUGUAUUUCAAAAUAUAACUUAAUGUGUAUAUAAUUUUUUUUAAAGGUGAUGAAAAUUUAGAGUGAUAAGAUUUGCGAAUAAAGUUUAAAUGUAAUUUUCAUAUUGGAUUUAAAUUUUAAUUAUUAUUUUUAAGUUUUUCUGCACAUUAUGACUAUUUAAACAUUUUAUUUGAUAUGAUCUAUUUUUUUAAAAAAUAUGCAUAUUAUUUAGAGAAAAAGACCAAAAUAGCAC